CAUCCUCCAUUUCCCCAAAUCCACUUUUCAAAAUUGAAAACCAGUAUGCGCUCGAAAACCUAGGGUUUAUGUUGUUGCAAACAAUUGGGGAUUUUACCUAGUUGAAUUAAGAGCUUAAUCAAUGGCGGAUUCAUCAGAGGGUGAGGAAGAAGGGAAACUAACAGGAGGAAGCCAGCAGUUAGUUGUAGAUGAUGACCUCCGGGAGAUGGGUAAAAAAGCAGCUUGGAGUGUCAGCUCUUAUAAACCCGGCAAUGGGGUUCUUUCACUUCGCGAUGAUAACCUUGAAACCUAUUGGCAGUCAGAUGGUGCACAGCCUCAUCUUGUUAAUGUUCAAUUUCAGAAAAAAGUUAAGCUUCAAUUAGUCGUCCUGUAUGUUGAUUUCAAGCUUGACGAAAGCUAUACACCUGGUAAGAUCUCUAUCCGAGCAGGCGAUGGCUUUCACAACUUGAAGGAGAUAAAAGCAGUGGAACUUGUGAAGCCAACUGGAUGGAUGCAUAUAUCUUUAUCUGGUAAUGAUCCACGUGAAACUUUUGUCAACACUUUCAUGCUGCAAAUAGCUGUGCUCUCGAAUCAUCUUAAUGGAAGAGACACUCAUAUCCGUCAGAUUAAAGUCUAUGGGCCAAGACCGAACCCUAUCCCUCUUCAGCCAUUUCAGUUCACUUCUACAGAGUUUAUUACUUAUUCUGCUGUGAGAUGAAGCUCAAGGGACUAUCCCAAGAGGAAAGAUGCCAACAAUAUUUAUUGAUAUUAAAAUGCAAACUGGGGAUACAAAAAGAGUCCCUUUUUCUCUUGAAACAGACCAAUCCUCCCAUUAACAAAUCUGAGAUCCUGUCCUUGGAUGACUUGAGUAAUAGGAUAAUGGAAAUUGGGUCCUACAAUGGUAAAACCUCGUGAACCAGGCUUACUGCUUGACUACUUGCUUUUCUUCUUUAUGAUAUUGUUAAGUCGUAGGCCUAUUGGAUGUCCAUGGUUGGUUUGUGGUAUUCUAGAAAAUUCCUGUUUACAAGUCCUAUUUGGCUUCAUAUAAACCCUGUCACUAGCAACCAUGGUAGGGUCUUAUAUUAAUUUGUAUUUUCUCUCAAUUUUCUGUAAUACCUGGAACUGGAAGAGUGGAUUCUUGCUCUUUCAGAUGUUUUUGUUUCAAAGCAUAUUGCUAAAUAUU